CAAAAGUCUUGCGUGUCUGUAUCAAAAGUCUAUCUUUAAAUCCUCAGAGACACCUCUCUUUCUAUCCUUCCUCCCGAAGAAAAGUUCUUUAUUUGUGAUUAUAGAAAUUAGGUUCCGGUGAAUUCCUUUGCGUUUUUCUGAAUCGACACCAAAUUGAUCAAACCCUUCGUCAAAAUCAAAACUUGGGUUCUGGGUUUGUGCUUUUUCCCUCUCUUUGUACUUCCCUGAGAAGAUGGUUCAGUAUCAGAGAUUAAUCAUCCACCAUGGAAGAAAAGAAGAGAGGUUUAGAGUUUCAGUAGAGGAAGUUGGUGGCUUGAAGAGAGCUAAACAAAAAUUUCUCUCUCUUCUCUUCCUCUCUAUCCUUUCUUUCUGUUUCGUCAUGUCUCCUUACCUCUUCGGCUUCUCCACUCUCUCUCUCCUAGAUUCGUUUAGCAGAGAAAGCGAAGCUCUUAGUUCUUACGAGCCAUCCACUGCACCUCUCUGCUCAGAUAUCUCCAAUGGUUAGUGUAUCUCCAAUGGAACCAUUUGUUGUGACAGAACCGGAUUGAGAUCCGACAUCUGUGUAAUGAAAGGCGAUGUUCGAACAAACUCUGCUUCUUCGUCAGUAUUUCUCUUCACAUCCACCAAGAACAACACAAAUCCCGAAAAGAUCAAACCUUACACCAGAAAAUGGGAGACUAGUGUGAUGGACACUGUUCAAGAACUCAACCUCAUCACCAAAGAUUCAAACAGUUCCUCAGAUCGUGUCUGCGACGUGUACCACGAUGUUCCUGCAGUGUUCUUCUCCACGGGAGGAUACACCGGAAACGUUUAUCACGAGUUCAACGACGGGAUCAUCCCUUUGUUUAUAACUUCACAACAUUUCAACAAAAAGGUUGUGUUUGUGAUCGUCGAGUAUCACGAUUGGUGGGAGAUGAAAUACGGAGACAUCGUCUCGCAGCUCUCGGAUUAUCCACUGGUUGAUUUCAAUGGAGAUUCAAGAACACAUUGUUUCAAGGAAGCUACUGUUGGUUUACGUAUUCACGACGAGUUAACAGUGAAUUCUACGCUAAUGGUUAAUGAGAAUCAAACCAUUGUUGAUUUCAGAAACGUUUUGGACCGAGCUUAUUCGCCUCGUAUACAAAGCUUGAUUCAGGAGGAAACAGAGGCGAAAGAGACGACAACAACAUCACUUGACUUGAAGAAGCCGAAGCUGGUGAUUCUGUCAAGAAACGGUUCCUCGAGGGCGAUACUAAACGAGAAUCUUCUUGUGAAGGUAGCAGAAGAAACCGGGUUCAGUGUCGAGGUUCUAAGACCGGACAAAAGAACAGAGAUGGCUAAGAUUUAUCGCUCGAUGAACACAAGCGAUGUAAUGAUCGGUGUACAUGGAGCUGCAAUGACUCAUUUCCUUUUCUUGAAACCGAAAACAGUUUUCAUUCAGAUAGUUCCGUUAGGGACUGAUUGGGCGGCAGAAACAUACUAUGGUGAACCGGCAAAGAAGCUGGGAUUGAAGUACGUUGGAUACAAGAUUACACCGAAAGAGAGCUCUUUGUAUGAUGAAUAUGGCAAAGAUGAUCCCAUCAUACGAGAUCCGGAUAGUCUCAACGAUAAAGGAUGGGAAUAUACGAAGAAAAUCUAUCUACAGGGACAAAACGUGAAGCUUGACUUGAGAAGAUUCAGAGAAACUUUAAUUCGUUCUUAUGAUUUCUCCAUUAGAAGGAGGUCUAGAGAGGAAGUUCCUCGUUUACUUGUUACAUAGAGAAGAAUAAGAUGAAAGUAUACCAUUCUUUUGUAAAGUUUUGAAUGACAUUUAAAUUCUUUAUUUAUUUGGUUUAUGACGUAAUUAAUAAUUUACUCA